AUGGAGGAGAUUGGGAUUGGUGGUGAUAUGAAUGGUCAUGUAGGCUGUGAUAGAACUGGCUACGAUAGAGUACAUGGAGGGUAUGGAUUUGGUCUCAGAAAUGAUGCAGGAAGGAAAGUACUUGAUUUCGCUACAGCGUAUGAAUUGGCCAUUGUGAACACAUAUUUUAGAAAGAGAGGAGAACAUUAUGUUACUUAUAAAAGUGGAAGGAAUAUGUCUCAAAUAGAUUAUUUUAUGGUGAGAAGAGAAAGUGUGACAACACAGCAUAGACUUAUGGUUAUGGAGACCUGGUGCAUUAAAAAGAGAUCGACCAAAAGGGAAAAAGUAAAUAAGGAAGCAAGAAUUAGGUGGUGGAAAUUAUGUGAUGAGAAUGAAGAAGUAUUUACACAGAAGAUGAGAAAGAUUGGUUUAGUGAAUGUAAAAGGGAGUAUAAAGUGUUGCGAAUAA